CUCACCACACCUUCCUCAGUAAUUUUGGCUAAUCGGUACGUAUCUCGAUCUCGUUCUCUCUACACCCAUCAUCUCCAACAUCCGGGCUGGUACCACCUUCAUCCUUGAACAUCCCUACCUGCAGCAACUUUUCCACUCGUUCACGCAUCUGCCUGCGUAUUGGUCACCUGGAUCUCCCGUCAAAGACACUACCAAGUCGCACAACUCUUACCGCACACUGCACCCCACUAUCGACAUCCAGCAUGGCUUCGACGCAGGAACCCAUUGACGUACCAAGGCCAAGGCAGCGCGUGACCUUUGGGCUCAUCAUUCUGGCCAUCUUCAUGCCGUGGUUUGCUCUCUACCUCGACGGCGCCUCAUGGCAGACAAUCGGAUUCAACCUCGCAGCCUGGUUCUUCCUGCCCCUAGCCGGCCCGCUCGGUGCAGCCAUACACGCCAUUGUUUGCCUCUGCCGUACAGACAAACAUCGUAAAUACUCCAAACCUGCGCGCCGUCGCCUCCGCUACGACAACCACUACAGUGCAAAUAAACAGGUGCACACGGAGAAGAAGGCCGUCGAGCCAGAGCCGGAGCCAGCUCCAGUCACACGAGCGAUCACCGAGCCACCUCCUGCUCCAGUGAUGAGAGCAGUCACCGACAAACCCACUCCAGCCGAAAGAGCACCCACGGAACCUCCAGCGCCCCUACAGAGGGCUGCCAUAGAAUCUCCAGCUGCGAAGUCAUCGGCCACUUCGUCAACAACUUCGGUGUCAUCGUCCGAUGCCGAAAAGAAAAAUCCGCCCGCUCCUGCACUUCCCCAGAGGACUGCUACUGCACUUCCCCAGAGGACCGCUACUGUACCUCCCCAGAGGACCGCUACUGUACCUCCUCAGAGGACUGCUACUGUACCUCCCCAGGAGACCGGUACUGCACCUCUCCAGAAGACCGCUACUGUACCUCCUCAGAGGACUGCUACUGUACCUCCCCAGAAGACCGCUACUGCACCUCUCCAGAGGACUGCUACUGUACCUCCCCAGGAGACCGCUACUGCACCUCUCCAGAAGACCGCUACUGUACCUCUCCAGAAGACCGCCACUGCACCUCCCCAGAGGACCGCUACUGUACCUCCCCAGGAGACCGCUACUGCACCUCCCCAGAGGACCGCUACUGCACCUCCCCAGGAGACCGCUACUGCACCUCUUCAGAAAACCGCUACCGCACCUCCCCAGAGGACCGCUACUGUGCCCCCCUCAAGGGCUGCUACCGCGAAGAAGGAGGACGACCCGUUCAAGGACCCUGAUGCUUAA